UGAACCUCAUCAUCCUCUAUCAAUCCACCUGAACAUCAUCCUUCCCCACCUACCAGCCAGACUCAACCUCACCCUUCAACCCCACAUCCUCCAUCCCUUGAUUCCAAUCUCCCAUUGCAAUUAGAAAACCACACAGACAAAUCAAACAACCUGCCAGACUAUAACCAUACCAUUGCAACCUGCUCCAAUAGUCUUUUUCCACUAGUCACUCUACUGAGUCUUCACAAUCAAGUAAUUCUGCAACCUUGUCUGUUUUCCUUGAUUACUCCACACUAUCUCUCCCACACCAGAAGUAUGCACUCAGCAUAUCUUCUUACAAGGAACCAAAGACCUAUGAGGAGGCCAUUCUCAGUCCAGAAUGGGACAAUGCAGUUCAAUCUGAGAUCAAAGCACUUAUCUAAAAUCAAACAUGGGAUGUUGACUCACUUCCACCAAAGAAAAAGGCCAUUGGAAACAAAUGGAUCUUUAGGUUAAAAUUCCUCUCUGAUGGUUGUCUUGAAAGAGAAAAAGCCAGACUUGUAGCAAAGGGGUCGAUUAUCAGGAUACUUUUGCCCCUGUCAUUAAAAUGACAACAGUGAGACUCUUCUUGGCCAUUGCAGCAGCUAAGAAUUGGAUUGUUCAACAACUUGAUGUGAACAAUGCAUUUCUUCAUGGAGAUCUCCGUGAAGAAGUUUACAUGAAGCUUCCAAAAGGGUACACCCCACCAUCUGAUAUCCCAAAUCUAGUCUUUCUUCUCAAGAAAUCUCUCUACGGAUUAAAGCAGGCUCCUCAACAGUGGUUUGCUAAGCUUGCUGUCAGCUUACAAUCUCAGGGCUACCAAUCAAGCCAAGUUGAUCACUCCCUUUUCUUCAAGACCACUCCAACAUCAUAUACAUGCAUCCUAAUAUAUGUGGAUGAUCUAAUCAUUGGAGGGUCCGAUCUUGUUGAAAUCACUCACAUCAAGGAUCAUCUUCAUCAUGAUUUUGGUAUCAAGAAUCUUGGCAACCUUAAAUUCUUCCUAGGACUGGAAGUCUCACGGGAUUCAUCUCAAUCAGAGGAAAUAUACACUUGAGAUACUAGAGGAAGCUGGUGUGCUGCUAUCUCACCCUGCAUCCACACCAAUGGAUUACAAAUCUCAUCUUUCUACUGCUCCUGAUCACCCUCUCACUGAUGCUGCAACAUACAGAAAACUAGUGGGGAAACUGAUUUAUCUCACCACAACCAGACCUGACAUCAGCUUCUCCACCUAGCAGCUCAAUCAAUUAUGGCAUCUCCAAAUGAAUCCCAUUACAAAGCCACUCUUCGUGUGCUCAGAUAUCUAAAACCCUCUCCUAACUCUGGCUUAUUCUUCUCCAGCUCAUCAUCACCUCAUCUCAAGGGCUACAGUGAUUUAGACUGGACUGUUUCCCUAGACACAAGGCGCUCAAUCACAGGCUACUGCAUCUAUCUAGGAGAUUCUCUUAUCUCUUGGAAGAUCAAGAAGCAACAUACUGUUUCUCGAUCUUCUUGUGAAGCAGAGUACAGAGCCCUAGCCUACACAUCCUGUGAAGUACAAUGGCUCUUAUUUCAGAGUGCCUCAUCCACAACAUGCUACCAUCUUCUGUGACAAUCAAUCGGCCCUACACAUCGCAAGAAACCCCACAUUUCAUGAACAAACAAAGCAUAUAGAAAUUGAUUGCCACCUGGUUCGGUAGAAGCUACAAUCCAAAGUCAUCAAACUCCUUCAUGUCUCGACCUUUCAUCAACUCGCAGAUCUCUUCACCAAACCUCUUCCUCCAACAACCUUCAGUUUUCUUCUAUCCAAGCUCGGUGUCUAGACUCUCUGGCCACCCGCUUGGUGGGGGGGGGGGGGGGUAACAGCAGAAAUUGAAAAUUUCACAUCCAGCUCUUCUUAGACCAAGCCACCCGUUACGCACACAGUAAGAAGACAACCCACAUGGAGCGACAUCGUACAAGGAGUCAAGCCGACUUUACUUUAAACAACACAGCAGAACAUAUCCCGACAGAAUAGUCCCUUUUGUAUUUUUCCUCUAUUGCAAUUCCUUUUUACAUUUCACUCUUCUGUAAAAGGACAGCCAGCUGAUCCUUAACUUGUAGUGGCAAAACCCACAUAUAUAUUCAUCUUAAUGCAAGAUGCAACCCAGGUUUUAGGGUUUUCCACUCAACACUGUCAAUACGAGCCAAGCUUGAGCUUAGCCUUGUUCAGCUCGCGAGCUAGCUCGACUUUGGCUUGUUGAGCUCAACUCGUGAAUUGGCUCAUUUAGAGCUCAUGAGAUGUCUCAACAUUGUGGUUUGAGGGCCAACUUGAUCACCGACUUAUGGAUGAAUCGAUCUAGUUUGGACUUUCAUAAUUCAUAGGAUUGUUAAAUUAUAUAUCUCACAUCAUGUGAAGUUUAACAUGUUGAACAUGUAAGAAAAUAUGCCUAAUUUUUAAUUCCGUAAAGAAAUUAUGUACAAAAUUAUUUCGAUACUAUGAAAUAACAUGAUUUGAACUAGUUAAAAUUUAUUAACUAAACAAUAUGACACCUACAAAUUAUAAUAUAAGAUUAAUUAAUGUUAACAUUUGAUUAUUUUUUUAAUCGUUACAUCAAUCACAUGUACCAUACACGACAUACAAAAUGAAUGUAUCAAAUACGAUCUAAGAAUUUAGUAAACAAGUCUAACUCGAACUCGGCUCGUUAAUAAAUGGCCCGAGCUCGAGCUCAGCUCAUUUGUUAACGAGUCAAGCUCAAGCUGGGGUAAAACUCGGCUUAGCUCGGCUCAUUGCAUAUUCUAUAAGGGUAAAUUGUAGGUUUGGUCAUUGAGAUUACUAAAACAAAUCACCUUUGGUCACUAAUAAAUAUUUAUUUAUUCAUGGUCACUGAGAUUAGUUAAAUAGUUUACGUUUGGUCACUCUCCGUUCGUAUCCAUCCAACUCUGUUAAUGAAUUCCUUUAAGGGGU